GUAAAAUCUUUCCAUCCUACGUAAAUUUUAGUAGCAUUUUCAGAGAGUCCAAUAUAUUGAAUUGGUGCUACUCGGGGAAGACUAGAAUAGAAUCUGCCUUUAACCAACUCUUGUCCAUCGGUGACUUUUUCUUCUUCGCACGAUCGAAGAUGCAAGAAUGUAUACCAGGACCAGCGCUAUAUACACACCUUUCUCUCUCUCUCUCUCACACACACACAUAACUAAGGUCCUCGGCAUAUAUCUUCCUGAGCUUGCGUACACCGCAGCAGCUGACUGAUCUUUGCCGGCCGGCGGAGCAGGUAGACGAAGAUGCUGGGCGGCGGCGUGUCCUUCUCCUUAGGCGACGUGCUGACCAUCUGCGGGCUGCUGGCGGUGCAGUGCAUCUUCGGUCUCUACAUGAUGUUCCUCAACCGGCUACUCGUGGCCGGCGUCCCGUCGCUCUUCAUCAUCGUCGUCGCAUGCGCCGCCUCCUCCGUCGUCGUUCUCCCCUUCGCCAUCGCCCUCGAGAGGAAGAAAUGGCCCAAGCGCUGGAGCCCCGUGUUGAUAAUCCAGCUCGUUAUGAUCUCCCUUGGAGGGGUAUCAAUAUACCAAGUCUUGAUGAUGCUCGGCGUCGAGCGGACCUCGCCAGCGAUCGCCUCGGCCAUGCCCAAUCUUGGCCCUGGCUUCAUCUUCGUCAUCGCCGCCUGCCUGAGGUUUGAGAGAUUUGAGUGGAAGUGCAAGUACACCAGAGCAAAAAUCUUGGGUACGUUGGUAUGCAUAAGUGGAGCAAUGUGCGUGAGCUUCCUGAAGAAUCCGGAUCCCGGCAGAGUGCCAGAGUCCGUUCCCAGGGACCAAGAGUUGUCUGGCAUGAAAAUCGACAGAGACUGGGUCCUUGGCUGUGUGUACCUGCUCACUGGAGUCACGGUCUUCGCUUGCAACACUGUCCUGCAGGCUGCAACCCUCAAGAGGUUCCCGGCGCCGCUGUCCAUCUGUGUGAUCACCGCCAUGAUGGGAUCGAUCUUCAGCGCCAUCAUCCAGGUCAUCAUGGACGGCAAGCUCGGCGCGGGCACUACAGGCAACAUCCCCAGAAUAAUCGCUGAAAUUGUGCUCGUGGGAGGUGUGGUGAUCGGCCUGUGCACGACGUUCCAGGUGUCGAGCAUCGGCCGCAAGGGGCCUGUCCUGGUGUCCAUGUUCAGCCCGUUCCAGACCGCGUUCUCGGCCUUCAUCUCCUUCAUCUUCUUUGGGCAAUGGAUCGGCACAGGGUGCCUGGUGGGGAUUGCGCUCAUGUUUGCGGGCCUCUAUGUGGUGCUAUGGGCCAAGAACCGGGAGGACAAGAUGUUCGCCGAGCUUGCGCUGCCGUCUGACUCUGACGCAACUGAAUCUGAUAUCGAGAGGCCAUUCUUGCAGUGAUGGGUUGGGCAAAAAUCAAAAUCGCUUGCUUCCACUACUGGCUAGACGCCUUAGGAAUCUACACAGAUCCUAUCUACUGUUUGACUUUCUUUUGCUGAGAUAUUGUUUGGAUUUUGGAAAACUCAAGUUAUUUUACAGCUCGCUGAGCGAAGGCCAGUACUCUCGCUUUACCUCGUUAUAAGUGUCAACGUUCCUUCCGACACACUUGCCGCCUUGCUUUGAAUAUUACUCCCUUCUUCCUAAAUAUAUACUUCCUCCGUUCGAAAUUACUUGUCUCAGAAAUGGUUGUAUCUAAAACUAAAAUACGUCUAGAUACAUUCAUUUCUACGACAAGUAAUUCCGAACGGAGAAAGUACAUCUCUUUUUAGAGAUUCCAUUCUAAAAUUCUACACUCUAAAAUUCUUAGAACCCUCGAGUUUUCAAAAGCUUGCAUGUGCUCGGAACAAAUAGUUGUAUGUAAAUAGACAGAAAGAAAUCAAACAUAUUUAUUAAACAUGUA